AUGCCUUGGCGGUGCUACCGGAAAGUCUACAACCAGGUGGUGGCGGGCUUGCAAUGCAUGUGGGACAGAGGUUGGAUUCACAACGACGUGAAAGCUGGGAACAUCUUCUAUGAGCGCAUCGGUCAGGACGGCUGUCCAGAAGGAGUGGUCUUGGCCGACUUUGGCCUCUCCCGCCAGAUUGGCCACUCCAUACGUCCCUUCGAUGAAGAAGAUUACAUGUCGGCCUAUUAUGUGGUUGAAAGCCUCUUCUAUGGUAUGGAGGACCCGCUGAAGAUCAGGAAGAGCUUUGAAAAAAAGAACGGAGGAGGUUCAGUUGUCAGGGCAGCUGCAGACAAAAAGAUUGAUUUGUGCUCCUUCGCCUACAUGAUUGAUUCCAUCUGGGGCAAAGCAGAACGCACCCUCCAAAAGAUCUUGGGUCCCGGCCACGUGGAGCUUUGCCAAGUCUUGCUGCGAUUCCCAGUCUUUGCUUCGGAGCUUCAGUGGCCCGACCACUUCGGGCGCACGGUCCUCGGCGUCGGGACGGAAGAAACACCGGAGGACUGGCUCUCCGCCGCGGAGGUCGCUGAGCGGCAACGCCGCUUGCGGCUGCAGAUGGCGGAGGCGGCGCUGGGCGCGCGCUUGGUCUGUCUCCCAUGGUUCUCCCUGCCAUUGGCCGGACGUGUCAACCGAUCCAACUGGGUGGCGCCAUCGGCGACUUCGGACGUCACGAAGUGGGCGACGGCAGGGACUCAGAAUGGUCCUGGAGAGCAUGCAGGCAAGCUGCUGCAGAAGGCCACCAGGCUGGCGGCGUGGACUGGUGCAGAACCGGAGCUGAAGGAGGAAGCACCAAGCCAAAAGAAGGUCGUUUUGCCUUCAGGUCCCCGGAAUCGGGCGGGCAGCCCCGUCAGACGGCGGGAGCUGGCGAAGGCGGCAGCCAAGGAGGCCACGCGGGCUGCGGAGGCCUCUCAGUUCUUGGCAUCCCUGGAGGCUCUAAGGCCUUUGGGCCGGCAACUGGAAUCCUUGCGCGAGGCUGGCACAGCCCCCACCACCACAGCGCAGCCAGUGCAGCCUCCGCAGCCUGCGCAGCCUGCGAAUGCGGGGUCGAAGGAGCGGACUGCGACGGACAUUCCGGCAGAGCUUCCGGCAAGAACUGCAGAGGAAAAGGAGGUGGUCAAAGAUGCGAAAGAGCUGAAGGAAGCGCCGGAAGUGAUUCCGGACGAGAAGGAGCCUUCAAGAAGGCAGCUUUCUGAGCCAAAGGUGGUGACGAAGCAAGAGGAUCUUGAGCUUGAAGCAAGAGGAUCUGUCCAGGAAGUGGAGCUGGUUCAAUCAGAGCCUCCAAGACGGAGGCCUGAUCCAGAGCCACAUUUGGACCUUGUAGACCCUGCCAAAGAAGCGGAGGAGCUAGUUCAAUCAGAGCCUCCAAGACGGCCUUCAGAUGCGAAGCCAUCCAGAUCAAGCACUGUUGCCGAUGGUGAGGAAGCACCGCCAGAGAAGAUGCUUACGUCCCCGCCGCCCGCGCCCUCCGGAGAGACGAAGGCGGACGAGACACUGAGCAAGGCCAAGGCGCGCGCAGAGAGGCGGAGACACCGGCCCGCGGGCAACGCCUUCAAUGGAACCCUCAAAGUGCAGCCUCGCAAUGCGGCCGAAGAAAAGCUGGAAAAGGAGGAGGCCGACACCACGGCCCCACCUGCCGCGGCCGAGAACGCGCCGAAGCGGAAGGCCAAAGCCAAGGCACCUUCGAAACCCGUGAAGAGCACGAUGAUUGGCGUCGGCGCGGCGCAGUUCCGCGUGUGA